AUGCAUGUCCAGUUGAUAUACUCGGCAGACUUCUCUAUUGACGUAAUGGUAAAUCACUACGGCCAGCACGCAGAAGAGCAAGAAGAACGAUUCCUUCUUGUACUACUUCACUUUCCCUCAAUCAUCAGUAUCGUCACCUUCAACUUUUAUCCGGCCUCCUUUUCCAACGACACAAUCGGCGCAGGCGGCGUAGUAAACUAUAAGAGCAUCAUAAGCAUCAUCGGCGCCGAAUACGAUGAAGCGAACGGAGAAAUGGUACCGCCGCGAAACUCACUUGCGGCACUGUCCAAGGUCUCACCAGGGCUUCACAAUGGUGUAUCCCCGCAAUAUCGUCGUCCCUAG